AUGAGCCACUCCUCAUCUCCCAAUAGGAGCUCAUCCAUCUUUGGAUGGGCCAAGAGUUUGAAACGAUCACAUCUUUUAUCCAAUGACUCAGUUAAUGAGAUUAGCGACUCAGACAAUGCCAGUUCAAAGUUUUCACCCACGAAACUGAUAAAUGCAGGAGCAUUUCCAUCAAUAGUUCCGUCUUCAUCACUGCAGCAACUUCAGCAGCAACAACAACAGCAACAACAGCAGCAACAGAUGCCACGUCUUCAACCACAGCGAAGUCCGUUGAAUAUUCCAUCCAACACAAACAACAAUAGCAACAUUAACAGCAACAGCAUCCCAAUGUCAUCGAGUAUCAGUGGGAACUUGGAGCCGGGAGCAAUCUCCCCGUCUCCAUCAAACUAUAUCCCACUGCCUUUCCACCAGCGACAGUCGAUACUGCUGCACAAUAAUGCGCAGUCGAGCUUUUCAACUUCGAAUUAUUUGGGCACUUCGCCGACUGCAUCAUCAUCAACGCACGAUUUCUUGCGACCUAUAUUGAACCACAAACUGAGAUCAACAAACAAUGUGUCUAGAGUACGAUCCAACUCCGAGAAUAGUAUACGAAAUCGUCGUGACUCCUUUUUGCAGAGCAAUUCGCUAGUUGACGAAAACUCAAAGUAUUUUGGUGUACCAUUACAACAAGCGCUUUCCGAGGCAGCAGCCAAGAUCUCGGUGUUAUCAUCAGAUGACCAGACGAGUGGUUUGCAGUAUGGUGAAAUACCCAUUGUGGUUGCCAAGUGCGGAGUAUACUUGAAAAAGAAUGGAUUGACAGUUGAAGGAAUAUUUCGUGUUGGUGGCUCUUCAAAACGAUUGAAGGAGUUGCAAGUUAUAUUCAAUACACCUCCUGAUUAUGAACCAUUGAUUCCGCUUGAUGUUUAUGAGGAGUUUAGAGUUGUUUUGAAAGAACGACCUAGAAUUAUAAGCUAUAUGAAGUACAAGGCAGAGAAUCCAACGAGGAGUCUUCGAAAGAAAAGUGAAGGAGACUCGUCACAGAUGUUGACUGAAGCCAACAUGGGACGUCAUAACGAUAAUCAUGCUCUGUCUGUGAAUGCAGAAAGCCUGAGCAACGCGAGAGCUACACCAAGUAAUUUACCAGAUACUCAAGCAGUUUCAGCAGUUCCAACUUCGCAAGCUCCGCAAACUGCACAAACUGCACAAACUGCACAAACUGCUCCUGCUUCGACAAUUACUGCUUCACUUCAACAACCAACCCUCCUGCUAUCCAUUCCCCAAAGUAGUCAAGAAGAUUUCUCCAAUAAGCAGAAAAAGAAGAAGGCAAAAAACUACAAGAAACUCACUAAUGAUGUGCGCACUGCUAUCGACAUCUACCGAGUAUUAUUAAACAAUCUCCCAAUAGCAUCGAAACAACUUUUAUUCUACAUCUUGGACUUACUUGCUAUGGUACAAAGCUAUCUGAAACAGAACUUGAUGAGUGCACGCAACCUUUCUGCCAUUUUCCAGCCACUGAUACUCUCGCAUCCAGACCAUGAUCUUGAUCCUGAAGAGUAUGCAUUGUCACAACUAGUGGUUGAAUUUUUGAUUCAGUAUUCGUAUAAAUUGUUGCCAUCGCACAAGGAACCAUCGCCGCCACCGCCAAUUGCAACAAGUGCAAGUGCGAGUGCAAGUGCAAGUGCGAGUGCAAGUGCGAAUGCCUCUGCAGAUGAUAUUGGGCCACAAGACUCUCUUUCCAACUCAGAAGCCACGCGGGAAGCACAGAAAGGUCAACUGUCAGUAGUGGAAGCAGCAUCAGCAUCCUCAUCUAGUCAGGUUAUGCAAGAGCAGCAACAACAACAGCAACAAUUAACUCCUCGGUUCCAAGGGCUGCACUCUAAAAGUCUAAGUUCUACACCACAACACGAGGAUAUCGUGAUGGGGUAUAAACACAAUGCCACAGAGUGCAUUCCUGAUGAAUCUGAUGUAGAGUACGAAGUUUCAGAUGGAGUAGGGUCAGAUGCUGAAGAAUCGUAUUUUCAUGAAAUUCGGCCACCUAGUACCAUGAGCAGUCCCAAGACUAGUCCGAUGGAACUUAUUGGAAAACCUGUGAUUGUAGCAACUAAUGUAAAGACGUGA